AUGAUUGUGUCGGCAAACUGGAAAGAUGAGAACAGGACAAUCCAAAUCCUGACCAAAGCCGAAAAGGGCCGUUACGGGGUCAUUGCCGCCAUUGCAUAUAACCUCGAGCAGAUCCACGGCCUCGUCACCGCAGCCGAAGAAGCCCGCUCGCCUCUAAUUAUUCAAUUCUUCCCUUGGGCGGUCACCUUUGCCGACGGUUUGCUCGUCCGCACCGCCAAAGAAGCAGUGUCCCGAGUAUCUGUCCCAAUUUCGAUCCACCUCGACCAUGCGCAGGACGAGAAGAUUAUCCAGUAUGCAGCCGACAACCUACCGUUCGAUAGCAUCAUGGUCGACAUGUCCCACUACGAAAAGGCGGAGAACCUGGAAAAAACGGCCAAAUGGGUCAAGUAUUGCCACCAACGCAAGAUUGCCACCGAGGCCGAGCCUGGGAGGAUAGAAGGUGCCGAAGACGGCGUUAUGGACACGGCCGGAUUGGAGGCUAGUAAGACUACCACCGAGGAAGUUGACGAGUUCAUCGCCACGGGUGUGGAUUCCCUCGCCCCAGCGUUUGGCAACGUACACGGCGAAUACGGAAAGUUGGGUCCGCAACUGGACUUUGAACGAUUUGAAAAGAUACGCGCCCAGAUUGCCGGCAGAGUCAGGGUUGCUCUGCACGGUACAAACGGAUUCCCUCCAGACCUGAUGAAGAAGUGCAUUGCUGCGGGCGCGACAAAGAUAAACGUCAAUCGGCUUGUUCUGGACGACUAUUAUACCCAUCUCCGGUCGCAGGUCACGCGAUUGCCGCAUACUACGCUUAUUGAGGAGGGCACGAGCAACGUCAUCCGGCAGACGAAGGAGUGGAUGGAAACUUGUGGCUCAGCGGGACAGGCAUGA